GUCGUCGCAGUGCACGAUGCAACGGCUCCAGGGCAUGUCCAUCAACACUCUCUCCAUCAGCCGUUCGAAUGUAGCCAGCGCAUUACAGAGCCCGAAUGGGAUGAUGCGGAACUGUCACAGACCCUGCCUGAUGGUGAAGGCAGUCUUCGGUCUCGCGUCGGGGCCAGCUCCACCUGCCAGUAGCCACUGUACAGGUCGAGGGAGCUGAACCAGUUGGACCUGAUGUGGUCGAAGGCGUCAUCAAUUCGAGGGAGUGGGUAAGAGUCCUUUUUGGUGAUGGCAUUAACCACCAUCCUUCUUCCCCACCAAGACAGCUGGAGCUGCCCACAAACAUCAUCCAUCUAGCCAUUAUCCGAACCGCUUAUCCUGCUCUCAGGGUCGCGGGGAUGCUGGAGCCUAUCACAGGGCCAACAUCAAUAAAACAAUGAUUUGAACAUGAACGUCAACAGACCUAUAAUCCCUUGCGCAUCGCCAGCGCAUAGCUGUCAUCAGUCCAGCGACCGUCUUCCACUUUUCGUUCCGAUAUUUUACGUUGCCUUUUUAGUUAAUGGUUUACUAUUUACACCGUGCGCCUCCAUAGAUGCGGCCAUUGUUGUGUGACGUCAGACAACCGUUUCUCCGUUAAGUCGGGGGGCUAGACGGAUUUUUUUUUAAACUCCGAAUUUAAGUGGCGAACUACUUCUAGUCGGAGGUCGGAAAACUCCGACGCCUGCGAGGUGUUGCCCAGAAAGAGAUCGUAGACUUCCAGAGAUACUCAAGAGAUUUAUGACACGUAAAUAGAUGUAGUUCACUAUUAGUUAAAUCAUGUAGUUAAUAUGACCUCCUAUAUGUUACUGUAAGUUGUUAAUGUUUAUAUCGGUGCUGUGAGGGAGGAGUUUUAUGUAUGUCAUUCCGCGGCACUAUAUUCUGUUCUCAUGAUACUAGUUCAAGUCACUGCGCGGACCUGUCACCGUUGCGUUGUGGGCGACGUGAGCUAAGUUGACUAGUAAAAGUUCAAGUUCCUCAUAACAACGUUUGAAUGUGUGUGUGUGUGUGUAAUAAGAACAUACACAACAUCCAGUGACAGGUUAUUCCAAGGCUGAAAUAGUUUGAGAGCACCCGAAUUUAGGCACCUUGUUACUAUACUAAAGAAGAAUUUACGACGACUUGACUCGGGAUGCCCGAAUGCAGCGUCCAACCGCUCCUGACGUGGGGACGUUGAGCGUCUUCACUCAUUGGCUGGGCCGCCACAGACGUGCGGGGAUUUGAAAGUGCUUGGGUGCAGUUAAUUGUGUUGGUGAAAUCGUAUUGAGUUGUUCAGCUUUGGCGUCAAACAAGUUUGGUAUGGAGAAGGAAACGCAAGAAAAUACGUUUGCUGUAAUAAUGCCACCAACAACCAAUGUCGAAACCGGGAGCGGGUCGGCAGAGAUCCUGGAGUUUGACGUGUCUAACGAUGAAACUGACAACGGGAAUUGUGUUACGGCACAACAAGUGUCCGGUAAUGGACAAUGUGAUGACGAUGACGGGGUCACAGACCACUUCGUUUACAAACGGGGGACUCGAUUGCAGAGAGCUGAGCGCAGCGGAAGAAAGGACGCUUGCCUUCCCGACACCUUCCAAACCAACUGUCUUUUGUUCUACGAGAGGUUCAAGGUUUACCAGGAUUAUAUGCUCGGUGACUGUAAAGCAUCAGAAGCGAGAGCCUUCAUAGCAGACUAUCUGGAGAAAGUUGUCGAGCAAAGCGACUGGUAUGCUGUGUGGUCUACAGACAUUUUUGAUGUUCUGGUAGAGGUUCAAGAUGUGGACUUCAAGGAGCUGAAGGCCUGUGUAGAGCUAGUGCUGCCAAUCCAGUUUGAGACAAGGGACUGUAAUCUGGAUGAAGAGGCCUUAAAGAUAGUGCUUGAGGCCACACAGCAGAAAGUGGCCCUGCUAGAGCUCCAGGUGGUCUAUAAGGAAUCUGGGGACUUUGAGCAGACAGCCCUUGCCAUUGAACAUCUAAGGUUUUUCUACAAGAACCUCUGGAGGAAGUGGGAUGAAGAUGAGGAUGACGAUUUUGACUACUUUGUUCGUUGUGUUGAACCUCGUCUCAGACUCUACUAUGACAUCUUGGAGGAUCGUGUUGCAGCAGGCCUUGUAGUAGAGCACCAAUCCUUGUUGGUCCGUUGUGCCCAAUGCUUCAAUGAAUUCAGCCUUCUACGCAACACUCUCAGCAGCUCGGACUCAGAGCCAGAAAAUGUAUCCAUGGUGGAGUGCCUCAAGCUCUUUGAACAGAUGGAGACGCUCAAGCGACGGCUUCAUAUUAUUGAGAACCCGCUGUUAAGGGAUAUUCUUGGCUGCAAAGAUAAUACAAGGCAGCAUUGUUACCAUGCCAGGGGUGCUAGAGCAUCUGGGGACAAGAUGGUCCAUGUUGUUGCAAUCUCCACCACGGCCGGCCAGCUCCAACAUCUUCUUAAUAGCAGACUGCUAACCCUGUGUUCUAAGGAUGUCACAGAAGUCAAGUUCUACAGUGACCCAGUGUUGGCAGUGAAUGCAUGCCACCAGGGUGAUGUGGUCAUUAUUCUCCCAGGACACUACUGUGUUAACAGUUCCAUCUUUGUUCCAGACUCCAUCACUAUAGAGGGGUUCGGCUUUCCUGAUGAUGUGGUGAUUGAGAACAAAAACAAGGGGGACUUGUUUUUGGAAUCCACAGGAGCUGUCAUUACAGUCUCAAACAUCAAGUUCAUCCAGCAUGAAGCCAUUGAGGGCAUACUGUGUGUGCGUCGGGGGAAGCUGGAGAUGAAUAACUGUGUGCUACAGUGUGAGACCACCGGUGUAAUUGUAUGUAAUUCGGCCCACCUUACCAUGAACAGGUGUGAUAUCUACGGGUCAAAGGGGGCUGGCGUGGAGAUCAACCCUGGCAGUGAAUGCAUCCUAGUCGGGAAUGGAAUCCACCACUGCAAGGAAGGGAUUCUUAUCAAGGAAUUUGCUGAUGACCUUGAUGUGAUUACCCACAUCACCUUGGAAGACAAUGUGAUUCACAACAAUGAGCGCUAUGGGGUGAUUGUGGUGAAACCUAGCAAAGGGACAGAACCUGAGGAAGACCAUGUUCCUCAGGACAAUGCUAUAAACGACCCUGAGGAUUCUGGUGGACUGACAGCUAAAGAGAAUUUAGAGGAAGAAGGCAAACCAGAAGAAGAGAAGGAAGUCCCUGCAAACCCCCAGCUCAACAACGAUCUUUUGUUGACAUCUUCAACCAAUGCCACCUCAACCGGAAUCACCAAUUACGUUGCCUCCAAGAUCGUAGAAGACAAGGGUGCCAUUGAGCGAAAGCUUGGAGCCACCACAUCAGCCAGGAAGUGGCCCCUGUGUCAACAGCAUAUGAAGAACAAAGACCCAUACUGUAUGCCCAUUGAUGAGGACCAGGUGCAAGAGAUGUUUGUCUCUAUGCAGGGCAAUCAAUUCAAAACGAAUGGCAUGGGCAACUUUGGCACCUUUCUGUACUGACUGACUAGAAUGUGGACUAACCAGUCUGUUCCGUCACAUCAGAUCUGCAUCUGAUACAACCAUCUACCAAUGUCUGGUAAAUGGAUUAUGGUAGGGGUGGUUGGCUGUUUUCGCCAGAUAUUAGAAACUUAAGGUAUUCUUACAAUACUCUCACAAUUCUUUGCAUUAAUUAUUUAUAACCGUUGCAUCUAACAUUUUCACGGGGUCUUUUUGAAUUUUUUAUGGGUGGGGGAAGUUCACCUUUCCAGCUUGGAUUGACUUCGCGAUGUUUCACUUGCACAAUUUGAAUUUUGUUUUUCUUACAUUGUCUUAAUGUUGUUUUUUUUUUUUACUGUUAAAAUGCCAUUACUCUGUAUACUUUUAAGUAUUUUAACUUAUUUUUGAACAAGUUUUUAAUUUGAAAACGAUGUCUGGUGAGAGCUGAAAAUGUGAUCUAUGCGGAUAUGCUAAUUAGGUUCUGAUAUUUAAAUUUUACCCUACAUUAGUCGAAAAUUUACAAUUGUUUGAUAUUGGGCAAUAAAUUCCAUAAAGA